UGGCCGGUCAGACCUCUGGGAGUUGGACGGAGCAGAUGUGAGUUAUGAGCCUGAAGAUCAGCAGCGACUGAGACGAGCAGCAGACAUGGACAAACAGAAAGUGCUGUCCAAGCUUCUCUGGGACCUGCAGUCCUUCCUGUCUGUUCUGGACUCAGAGAACUUGAGUUACAUCGCUCAGGCUCAGAAGAAGUCCAUCUCAGAGCUGCUGUCCAAACUGCAAACACACGACACCCCAGUGGAAGACGCUGAGUACAUGAUCAUGAGCUGUCCCUCAUCGUCUCCUAGCAACGAGCUGACAGACACACCUUGGACAGGCGUCUUCUCCUCUGAGCUGCUCUCGAACCAGGACUCGUGCGUCUGGCUGAAGAAUGAGAUUCAGGGCCCCACAGUGCCCCCCCACCCACCAGGAGGUCUAGGAAGUGAUGAUGAUGAAGAUACUUACGAAGAAGCAGAACCCUACAUACCUGCCGACACGACCACGUCGAACACCGAGAAGGCGGAUUCAGACAGCAGUCACUAUGAGUCGUACGGUGAUGAAGAUGAUGAGGAGGAUGAGGGGGAGGAGCUAGUGAAGGACAGAGCUCAUUACAUCCAAUGGAGCGCCUCUCAGCCCUGCCUAAGACCCGCCCCUGAGUCCCGCCUCUGUGGUUACCUGUGGAGGAGGAAGUGGCUCGGACAGUGGACCAAACAGCUGUUCAUCAUCCGGAACAACGAGCUGCUGUGUUAUAAAUGUGCUCGGGACCUGCUGCCUCACCUGGAGCUGAACCUGCGCGGCUGUCAGCUCGUCUACAAGUCCAAGAGCAACAGGAAGAUCCAGCACCAGCUCAAACUGGUUUUGCUGGGCUCCGACACCCUGGUGCUGGGAUACAGCAGCUUCCAGCAGGCCGACGAGUGGAGGAGGGUCAGCAGCACACCACACAUCUCACAGAGAAGCACAUUUAGCACUUCAAAUAAUUUGUUAAAGAUUAGAGCAGUCGUCCCCGACCUUUGACCUCUGACACAAAGCCAGCGUGAUGUCUCCCAUGUUUCAGAUAUAUAAAGUUCUCACAUGAUUCUAAAGAGAAAUCAUCGACGUUUCACCUACAAAUAAACUGUUUUCAGACAUGAACUCUGGGAAAUGUCUGGAUUGUUCCUGGACAUUUUCUGUCGUAAUCAUCAUCACGUUAAGUUAAAGGUUCAGAGUGAAGGAUUAAGUGGCAUUUUCAGGUGUUGCCUAAAUCCGAAUCCCACGACCUGGAAGACUGAGGAUCUUCACAGAUAUUUAGUGACCUCUAGUGGUGAACUUACAUAUUAUAACCAACUAAACCCUGAGGACAUGAGGACACGAGGACUUUCAAGAUGCUUUUACACAUGAACGCUGUAAAAUGUUGUCUGGGCAUUUCCUGUAGUUAGUGUUUCUCCUGUGAA